GGGUCGGCGGCCGCGUCUCCAGGGCUGCAGGCCGGCCGACGGCAGGCGGGGCUGGGAGGGACGCUGAGGCCGUUGCCUGCGGUCCCACCCCGGAGCUAGGAGCCUCCUGACUGGCCGGGACCCGGGGUCCCGGCCCGCUCGGGAACGCGCCGGCGGAAACCCGGCGCGGGACGCGCCCCGGGGACCGCGCACAGCCUGGAAGGCAGGCUCCCAAGGCCCUGCCUGAGCAGGCCUGCUUGGCAGGCUGGGACAUGUCUGGCCCCCGAGGACGGCCAGUGGGCGAUGGCCGAGGUGGCAGAGGAGCUGGAACUGGAGGCAGCUGCCACAGAGGAUGCUGCACGAGAUGCUGCGGAUGCUGCGGAUGCAGAAGGCGCCGGGGACCUCCCUCUCCUGAUUGGGAGCCGGCUGAGCCUGGACCUGUACCCUGGGGGCUGCCACCGGCUGCUACACCUGCUUGCCCAGCCGUCUGCACAGCUGCUGGAAGUGCAGUUCUUGCGGCUGAGUGGCCACGAAGACCCUCAGCUGCUAGAGACCACCCUGGCCCAGGUGGCGUGCAGCCUGCGGCACCUGCGCUCCCUGGUCCUCAGAGGUGGCCAGCGCCGGGAUGUGCUGGGUGCCUGUGUCCGGGGCUCCCUGACCACACUGCCUGCUGGCCUGAGUGGCCUGACCCGCUUGGCCCACCUGGAUCUGAGCUUCAACAGCCUGGAGACACUGCCGGGCUGCAUCCCGCAGAUGCGUGGCCUGAGCGCCCUCCUGCUCUCUUACAACCUCCUCUCGGAGCUCCCCGAGGCCCUGGGAGCCCUGCCCGCCCUCUCCUUCCUCUCUGCGACCCACAACUGCCUGCGAACGCUGCCCACAGCGCUGGGAGCCCUGUCCACCCUGCAGCGCCUCGAUCUCUCAGAGAACCUUCUGGACGCUCUGCCGCCUGAGAUUGGAGACCUGAGCAGCCUCACCGAGCUCAAUCUGGCCUCCAACCGGCUACAGAGCCUCCCGAGCUCCCUUGGGGGCCUGCGGUCCUUGCGGCUGCUUGUUUUGCACAGCAAUCUCCUGACGUCGGUGCCCACGGGCCUGGCCCACCUGCCGCUGCUCACCCGGCUAGAUCUGAGAGACAACCAGCUCCGGGACGUGUCCCCCGAGCUACUGGACGCCCCCUUUGUGCGCCUUCGGGGGAACCCCCUGGGCGAGGCCCUGCCUGCCCUCCCCAGUCCCCCAGGGACACCUGUGAUCCCAGAAAUGCCCAGACUGUUCCUGAACUCAGAUUCAGACAGCUUCCCUGUGACCCCCCAAGGCUGCUCGGUGACCCUGGCCUGUGGUGUCCGCCUACAGUUCCCUGCUGGGGCCACUGCCACCCCUGUCAGCAUCCGCUAUCGACUCUGGCUGCCGGAGCCACGCCUCGUCCCCCUGGGUCCCCAUGACACUCUGCUCAGCCGUGUUCUGGAGCUGCAGCCCCAUGGGGUGGCCUUCCAGCAGGAGGUUGGCCUGUGGUUGCUCUUUGUGCCCCCACGGGCCCGGCGUUGCCGGGAGGUGGUGGUCAGGACCCUGAAUGGCGACGGCUGGAGCGACCUGGAGACUCACCUGGAAGGAGAGGGACCCAAGCGGCUCUGGGCCCACUGCCAGGUGCCCCACUUCUCGUGGUUCCUCGUGGUCUCACGUCCUGUGUCCAAUGCCUGCCUGGUGCCACCAGAGGGGACAUUGCUGUACUCCUCAGGAAAUCCAGGGGUCAAGGUCACAUUCCCCCCUGGGGCCACCGAGGAGCCUCGGCAGGUCUACAUGCAGGUGGUGCGAGUGGCCGGCAGGGAGCUUCGGGCCCUGCUGGAGGAGGCUGGGGCGGCAGCCAGCCCUCUGGUUUGCCUCUCCCAGAACGGCCCCCCAAACUUCCUCCAGCCCGUCACGGUGCAGCUGCCUCUGCCCCCUGGCGUCACAGGCCUGAGUCUGGAUCGCUCUCGCCUUCACCUGCUGUACCGGGCCCCUCCUGAAGCCGUGUGGGGUGACAUCACCGCUCAGGUGGCCCUGGAGCUUACCCACGUGUAUGCCCGCUUCCAGGUCACACACUUCUCCUGGUACUGGCUCUGGUACACCGCCAAGACCUGCGCCCAGGGCCUGGCCCGCAGGGCCUGGGAGCGCCUGCGGCUGCACCGCGUGAGCCUCAUCGCGCUGCAGCGACGCCGUGACCCCCAGCAGGUGCUGCUGCAGUGCCUGCCCCUCAGCAAGGUGGAUGCCACCCUGCGGCGGCUGCUGGAGCGGUACCGAGGCCCUGAGCCCUCCGACACGGUAGAGAUGUUCGAGGGCGAAAAAUUCUUCGCUGCCUUCGAGGGGGGUAUCGACGUGGAUGCCGACCGCCCGGACUGCGUGCAGGGCAGGGUCUGCUUUGUCUUUUACUCACACCUGAAGAACCUGAAGGAGGUGUAUGUGACCACCACCCUGGACCGGCGAGCUCAGGCCGUGAGGGGCCAGGUGUCCUUCUACCGGGGAGCGGUGCCCGAGGAGGUGCCCGAGGAGGCAGAGGCUGCCCGGCACCAGAAGGGCACAGACAGCCCGUGGAUGGCCACGCUGCCCAUCAAGCUCCCGAGACUGCGGGGCCCCAAGGCGCCAGGGCAGGGGACUAGCCUCUCCCUGGCACCUUUGAACCUGGGUGAUGUGGAGACAGGCUUCCUGACCCAGAGCAACCUGCUCAGCGUGGCCAGGCGCCUGGGCCCCGACUGGCCAGCUGUGGCCUUGCACCUGGGCAUGCCAUAUCGAGAGCUACAGCGCAUCAGGCAUGAGUUCCGGGACGACCUGGACGGUCAGAUCUGUCAUAUGCUCUUCUCCUGGGCUGAGCGCCAGUCUGGGCAGCCGGGGGCGGUGGGGCGCCUCGUGCAGGCCUUGGAGCAGAGUGACCGGCUGGAUAUAGCUGAAGAGGUGAGAGCGGUGUUGGAGCUCGGCCGCCGCAAGUAUGAGGACAGCAUCAGGCGCACGAGCCUGGCCUCGCUGAGCCCGUCGGCAUCCCAGUCCCCAGAGUCGGCCCAGGCCUAGACCCCACUGACUCGAGGCUGGCCCCUGAUGCACCCUGGCCAGUCGUCAGAAGCUCCCAUUUUCAAGCCUUCCCUGUGCGUGGGUGCAGUGACCCACCUGCCCGCCCCCCCAUGUGUGACACAAAUGUACUGUUCAGGCUGCUUCUCA